AUGGCAUGUUCGAAAAUAUUUUCAGGAGAUUUACCUGAACUAAUAUAUGAAAUCAUCAAAUAUUUUCAGAAUGAUUAUUCAACCUUAUAUUCAUGUGUCUUAGUUAAUAGGUUAUGGUGUCGUUUAGCGAUUCCAUUAUUAUGGGAAAAUCCAUUUUCAAUUCCAACCAAAAAUCAUAAUUUUAUUAUAAUUUACUUAUAUAAUUUGAAUGAUCGUUGCAAAAUAAUAUUAAAUGAAUAUCAAAUUAUUGAUAAUUUAUUACUUUCAAAUUCACUUUUCAAUUAUCCUAGUUUUUUAAAAUAUGUGAAUAUUGACAAGGUUAUUUCUUCAGUUGCGGAAUGGAUGCUUGAAGUUUCAAACACAAUAAAUAGAUAUUUUUUACAAGAUAAUUUUGAUAAAUUAGUUUGUAUAUUACUGUUUGAAAUGUUUAUUGAAAAUGAAGUAAGCUUACAUACCCUUGAAGUUGACACAAGCUUUUCUUGCAUCAAAUAUUAUGAUAUGAUUCUUGAGAUGAUUAUACGAAAUCCAAAUUUCAUUCACAAUGUUAGAAAUUUAAAACUUUCUAUUUUGAGUUCUAUUAAUGAUACGCUAAUUAAAAACCUUAUAUCACAAUUAAUUAAUUUACAAAAAAAUCUCAAAAAAAUAUCCUUUAGUUCUAAUACCCUUCCUUUAUAUCAAUCAUUAUUAUUAUCAAAAGAAUCUAAUUGUUCAAAUACCUUAAAUACAAUCAUUUUCCGUGAUAUCGAUUUUAGAGGUAUAAAUAAUUUAGAUAAAAUAUUUGAACAAUUAAAUGUUUUAGAAUCUGUUCAUGUCAUUUUUUGUUAUUCUUUAGAUAAUUUUAUUCAACAAAUUAUUAAUUUAACUAAACCAUUUAAAUUAAAAUCUUUAUCUAUAAAUGAGGUUUUACAAAUUGAAUUAUUACGAUUACUAUUGCAAAAAUCUGGUAAUUAUUUAGAAAAUGUUGAGUAUGGAAUUGAAAACAUUGUGGAUUUUAAACUGUCAUUAAAACAACUAUUUUUAAAGUUAAUUAUAAAAUAUUGUAAAAAUAUCAAGUUUCUUUAUGUGUAUAGAAUUGAAAGCAAUACUUCUACAAUCAUAUUCAGUUUAAUCGAAAAUAUUAAGCAAAAUCUUAAUUAUCUUUCAAUCCAUUUAUCGAAUUAUCAGGAUAGAAAUAGAAAUAACAAGUUAAAUUUAACAAUACUACAAAAUUUAGGAGCAAUACUUCCUCCUAAACUAGAAUAUUUAUGUUUUAGUUUUUAUAAUAUUAAAGCAGAUGAUUUUGAAGUAUUCUUAAAAAACUCUCAAGAUACUUUCUAUAAGACAUUGGUAAUUAAUAAUACAAAAGAAGCAUUUCGUAAUGGUAUUGAUAUUUUACCUUAUAUAAAAGAAUAUAUUAUGAAGAAGAAAAGAGUCAAAUAUUUGGCUAUUAGAUAUAUAUAUGUGUGUAAUAUUUUUGGAGAAAUUCAGGAAAUAGAUUUGUCUAAUUUGAAAGAUGAAGUGAAGGAAUUUGAGUUGUAUAAUAUUGAAGUUUUAAAUUAUAUUAUAUUAGCUACUGACAUUUAUAGAUUUGUAAAUAAGAUUGAUUAG